AUGACAUCCUCUACCGAUUCAGAUGCAGGCUCCACAUUGUCCACCGAAACUAUUGUAGGAAUAGCCGUUGGAGUUGUAGGAGGCGCAGCAGUGACAUCACAGGAUAUCCCGGCACUCUCACCCCCGCAAAUACCACUAGACUGGUCUUACUUCCCUCCCGUCCUGCCCAACCCAAUAACGGACCACAGCUAUCACAGUCUCUAUGACACCGACGACCCGUUUGCCCGCAUCCAGAGGGCAAUACUCCCUACAACUGCUCCACAUCACACGGCAGUGUCUGCGCGCAGGGUGUCGCAUGAGGUACCGCUUGAACAACGCGCCUCCGCCUCCACCCAAGCCGCGGAUAUCGGUUCUCGGUCCACUACCCGAGUAUGCCAGCACCUGAAAAAAUCGCGAGAGGGGGUACCUCAACCCCGGACAGCAGGCGGUGAAGCCGACGCUAACAGCCCCGAAUCCAUCAGCCCCGAAUCCAUUUAUUCACAAGAAUCCGCACAACAUCCCUCCCAUCCUCCAGAACCCCAGCUACCAUCCCAGUCAUCAAGGAGGGGCAGACCAUCCCAGAGAUAUUCAAGAACACUGAAAAUAUCAGAGCUGAGCCCUGUUAGGGAAAAUUCGACAUCAAUGAGUGGGCCUCCCUCCCAUGACGUCUCGACGAGCUCAGAAAUAGAGAAAAAGCCAUCCCGCACCUUCUCAGAACUCGAAAGAUCAUCUUCCGUCUCAGUCGCACUCUCUCACAACGCAUCCCCAAGAGCCCCCGAAUGCGCUUCGUUACCCCUCCUUUCCUCCUCCAACACAUUCGGGAAAAGUGGUUCCAGCGCAUCGACAUUAUCCCCCUCGAGCAGCCGAGCGACGAGGUAUCCUUCAUUGACACCUUCUAGUUUGGGACCGUCGUCUAGCUCAAAUCCUCAUGCUGAUUCAGCCACUGAGUGGCACCGUCCGCCGGCUGGCCUUAAUGCGCUUAAAGGUCUCCAAACGUUAGAUCUCCCAAAUCCACAUGCUCCGACUCUAGAAGUCCCUCGAGUGCCCGCGCUCCCUCCCGCUGAUCGACAAUCACCUGCAGCUGACGAGAAGUCCAAGAAAACACCACUCAAAGCUCGCCUGUGUGCACAUUCGCCAUGUUCCGUCCCAGAAGUUGAGCGAAGACCGGUUAUACAAUGUGGUAUUGCGAAUAUCGAUGUAACACUAUGACUAUAACUUGUACUGACGGUGGGUGGGUGGAUGGGUGGAUAGAUGGAUACAUUAUGAAGGACACAAUGGACCUCUAGUAAACUAUUCAUACAUGUGCGCUUACAUGAAUACAUUUGGCGAUUGCAUGGAUACAUUU